AUGGAAAGUAUAAAAUAACUAUUAAUAGAUGUACUCGAUAUUAUUGAUAAAGUAUAAUGUUUUUCUUAUUAGGAUGUUGUGAAAGCAUAUUAAUAAAUGAAUAAGUAAACUACUAAAGAGAUUUGUGAAUAGUCUGAAAAAUAUUAAUAUGAAUACAUACUAUAAAUUGUAGCUUAUUUGAAUCGGUUGCUAUAUUAUUUAAUACCACAAUAGAAUCAAGAUAUUAUUUGAAGAAUAAUUAGAAGAACAUAUUAAUAAUGAUUAUGAAUCAAUAAUACAAAAUCUUGAAGCUUAAAUACGUACUCAUUUCAGAGUAGAGCAAUAGUAGAAAUUGCAAAUCGAAGCUUUGAUGUAAAAAGUUGAUGAAAUUAUUGUUGAAAAAGAUCUCAUAAUUUAACAGCAUUAAGAUAAAAUACGAUGUUUAGAAUAGAUAAUUAAAGUAUCUAUUGAAUAUUUUUAGGACUAAAACAGAAAGCUCUAAGAUAGCUCUCCUAGAGAAAUUAUCCAUAGGAAAACUCCUUCUGCUUUUGAAAGGUUGGGGAAAUUUGUAUAAAAUAAAGCUUAAAAAUAAAAUCAAAAUUCUACUUAUGAGGCAAAUUUCAAAACUUUCAUAAAGGUUUGUCACACUGAUGCUGAUAGAUCACUUUCCAAAGGAAGAAUAUAAAUGUCAGCAAAAAAAGAAUUAGGGUUGCAGAGAAUAAACGAUGAAACCUAACAAUUUAAUGAAUCUAAAAUGACAGAAACAGAAAGACAAAGGGAAAAUGUGCGUCAUAAACUUUAAAGAUCAGAUAAAACAGAUAAAACAUAUGAAUUGUAAUAGUAAACAGCUAGUCCUGAAAAAUAAUUGUAAUUAAUGAAAUAUAAGGGACAAUCAAAGGUUAAUUAAAUAAAUAUUAUAAUAGUUUGAAUCUUAAAAAUAAGAAUAAAUAGUUUCUAGUUAAAGUUUUGAAUAAGUAGGUAAGAAUUUAAUGGCAUUAUAAAAAUAAAUUUCUAAUGGUCGCUUAAAAAAUAUUUAAGGAACUUAAUUACUUAAAUUUUUAUAAAAGAAAUGA